GACCUCGCAGUCCUCAGCCAAACAUUGCCCAUGGCAGGGCCAGCACCCUUGUUACUGCCCAGGUGAGGAAGCAGGAGCGAUGGCCUUCCACAGAGCUCCCUGCGGAAGAAGGAAAGUCCCUCUGGGAGCUGGUGCUGGAGCAGUUUGAGGAUCUCCUCGUCCGCAUCCUUUUGAUGGCAGCUUUUCUGUCGUUUAUCCUGGCCUGGUUUGAAGAAGGAGAGGAGACCACGACGGCAUUUGUGGAGCCCAUCGUCAUUAUUAUGAUCCUGAUUGCCAAUGCUGUGGUGGGCGUGUGGCAGGAGAGAAACGCUGAGAGUGCCAUCGAAGCCUUGAAGGAGUACGAGCCCGAGAUGGGGAAGGUGAUCCGUGCCGACCGCAGCGGGGUGCAGCGGAUCCGUGCCCGGGACAUUGUCCCUGGGGACAUCGUGGAGGUGGCAGUUGGUGACAAGGUGCCCGCGGACAUCCGCAUCAUCGAAAUCCGGUCCACCACGCUGCGAGUCGACCAGUCCAUCCUCACAGGGGAGUCUGUGUCAGUGAUCAAACAUGCCGACCCCAUCCCUGACCCCCGCGCCGUCAACCAGGACAAGAAGAACAUGCUUUUCUCCGGCACCAACAUCGCGUCUGGGAAGGCCGUAGGGAUUGUCAUUGCAACAGGGGUGCACACCGAGAUCGGCAAGAUCCGAGACCAGAUGGUGGAGACGGAGCCUGAGAAGACCCCGUUGCAGCAGAAGCUGGAUGAGUUCAGCCAGCAGCUCUCCAAAGUGAUCUUCCUGGUGUGCAUUGCUGUCUGGGUCAUCAACAUCAGCCACUUCAGCGACCCCGUCCACGGCGGCUCCUGGUUUCGAGGGGCCAUCUACUAUUUCAAGAUUUCGGUGGCGCUGGCAGUGGCCGCGAUUCCCGAAGGCCUGCCGGCUGUCAUCACCACCUGCCUGGCGCUGGGCACGCGCCGCAUGGCCAAGAAGAACGCCAUCGUCCGGAGCCUGCCCUCCGUGGAGACCCUGGGCUGCACCUCCGUCAUCUGCUCCGACAAGACCGGCACUCUCACCACCAACCAGAUGUCCGUCUGCCGGAUGUUCAUUAUGGAGAAGGUGGAGGGUGCCCAGUGCAGCCUGCACGAGUUCAGCAUCACCGGCUCCACCUAUGCUCCCUUGGGUGCUGUCCGGCUUCCUGAAGACCAGCCGGUGCAGUGCGGGCAGUACGACGGGCUGGUGGAGCUGGCCACCAUCUGCGCCCUCUGCAACGACUCCUCGCUGGACUACAACGAGUCCAAAAAAGUCUAUGAGAAGGUGGGGGAAGCCACAGAAACAGCCCUGACGUGCCUGGUGGAGAAAAUGAACGUCUUCAACACCGACACCAGCAAACUCUCCAAGGUGGAGCGAGCCAACGCCUGCAAUUCGGUGAUCAAGCAGCUGAUGAGGAAGGAGUGCACCCUGGAGUUCUCCCGUGACCGCAAGUCCAUGUCGGUGUACUGCACGCCCACCAGCCCCAGCCACAACUCCGCCGGCAGCAAGAUGUUUGUCAAGGGUGCCCCGGAGAGUGUGAUCGAGCGCUGCACCCAUGUCCGGGUGGGCACCACCAAGGUCCCGCUGACAGCACCGGUGCGGGAGAAGAUCCUGAGCAGGAUCCGGGACUGGGGCAUGGGCAUCGACACGCUGCGCUGCCUGGCCCACGACGCGCCCGUCCGCAGGGAGACCAUGCAGCUGCACAACUCCGCCGCCUUCGUCCACUACGAGAACAACCUGACCUUCGUGGGCUGUGUGGGGAUGCUGGACCCUCCCCGCAAGGAGGUCACCUCCUCCAUCGAGAUGUGCCGCAAGGCCGGC